AGGGUGGACGGCAUGCUUAUCAUUAUCACUACUUCAUCCUAUCUGCAGAUGGUUAAUAAUAAUCAUCAUCUUGGUACAGGCAUGAUAUCAUAUCAUCACGACAUUCAUUGCGUUAUUCAGGUUAUUAUCCACUGCUCUCAAUGAGGAGGAGGAUUGAAUAAUGUGCUUAAUAGCCAAACAGCAGUCCAUCACCAAACCACGACUACGAACCAAACAUUGAGCACAUGCCUACAAUUCCAAAUCAGUUGGACUCCGAACUUUAUCCUCACUGGUAGAAUUUGUCACUUAUUUGCAUGUCAAACCACAAAAUGUUUCCCAAUCGUGAGUCAUUUUAGUCGUUAAAGUCCUCCGUGGAGAGUUAGUCGAGUGAAAGUUGCAAUGCAAUAAAACCGAGAGUGGAGAAAGCAUAGCGCAAACUCCUUCUCGUUGUGAUAACACAAUGCCGGCCGGAAAUAGCAGUAGGGACGACAUUUCCGAGACGUCUUCCACGGCCUCGACCUCCUUUGACAAUACUGGGACGAGACUACGAAGGGCCAAGUCCACCACAACGCUGGACGAUGUCAAGCACCGUGGGGAAGUCAAAAGGAGAAAGCGGCCGGACAAACCAAUUCACCGAGCCGCAGAUUCUCUAUUUUCGUGGUCUUCCGGAUUCAAAAACUUUGAAGGCUUUGUGAACUGGGGCUUUCUCCUCCUUUUCCUCGGAGGAUCGCGUCUCUUUUUGGAGAACAUUAUAAAAUAUGGGGUCCGCAUCGAUCCAUUCCAGUGGGUGUACUUCCUCAUUGGGGACCAACCCACCUACUACAUUCCCAUGUCGCUCAUCCUCCUCCUCUACGCAAAUGUGCACAUCCUGAUGGCGCUCCUGAUUGAAAAGGGCCUCGCUGGACACUACCUGUCUCCCAGACACGGUCUGACCGCUCAAGUCACGAACCUGCUCCUCCUCCUUCUGACGCCCAUCGCCAUCUUCAACACGUGGAACACGGAGGUCUUUUCCCUCUUUGGAGCCACCUUCGUCUGCUUCGCCUAUUCCAUUCUCUUCCUCAAGUUGUGGUCGUACUGUCAGGUCAAUGGCUGGUGUCGGUCAUAUCAUUCUUUGAGACGUCGACGCAACUCUGGAAGCCAAUCAACCAGUCCAUCCAUGGUGGGAGCGCAUCAAAAUACAAUAUUUGGCAAAGGUGACCCAUUCGAACAGUUGGAGGCCGAUCCAAAUGAGACGCUGUACCCCGAAAAUUUGAGUAUCAAGGAUUUGUACUAUUUUGUGAUGGUCCCAACGCUCUGCUACGAACUCAAUUUUCCACGGACAGACCGAGUCCGCAAAAGAUUUCUGUUGCGACGAAUGUUGGAGCUGUUCUUUGGGAUGCAGUUGGUUCUAGCUCUAUUCCAGCAAUGGAUUAUUCCGUCGGUCAAAAAUUCGCUCAUGCCAUUUUCCAAUAUGGACGUCAUCAAGACGCAGGAACGCCUUCUCAAACUUGCCAUUCCGAACCAUUUGAUAUGGUUGAUCUGGUUUUACCUCUUUUUCCAUUGUUACCUAAACAUUCUUGGAGAAUUGCUGAGAUUUGCGGACAGAGACUUUUACCAGGAUUGGUGGAAUGCUCCAGACAUUGACACAUUUUGGAGGACGUGGAAUUCACCCGUGCAUCGCUGGGCCGUUCGACAUUUAUACAUUCCAAUCAUUAAACAGACAAAUUCCAAAUUCUUUGCCGUCUCGACCACGUUCUUCAUUUCAGCCUUUUUCCACGAAUACCUCGUGUCUGUCCCGCUACGAACCUACAAGAUUUGGGCAUUUGGCGGAAUGAUGGCUCAACUCCCGUUGUCCGCCUUGUGCAAAUUUGUGGUAGGUCAAAACGGGGAACGGAAGCGGUGGGGAAAUGUUGUGGUGUGGGCGUCCUUAAUCCUGGGACAACCACUUUGCAUAAUGAUGUACUACCACGACUACAUCAUCACACACUUUGGACAAGACUUCCUGCAGUCUUUCACAAAAAUAUAGACCAAUUUCAAACUGUAACAUUCAUUUCGUUCCCUGUGUUCGCAUGUGUACAUAGUCCCUUGGAAUUCUAGUUCAACUUGGUCGUACUCCAGAUGGAUAUUACUAUUUUUGCCAUUUUAACCAUAAUGCAUAAUAUACGUAUAAUAUUCGAUACCUACCACUGAAUUCAGCAAUAAUUAAUUAUCCUAGUGUUGAGGAUGAUUUGGCGUAAAACUUAUAUGCAAGCAAACAAUGACAAUCUACAACUACAAAUAGCAAUACAUAAAACUACCGAGUAAAUUAUUUACUUUGUGUCCCAUGUUCCUUUCACAAUGCAAAAACUGUACUGAAUGAAUGAUUCAAAUAUGCAACGUACGAAUUAUCUAGUUUUUAUUACCCUUGUAUGCAUUCCUUCCUGAAAUUGAUGUUCAAGUACUUAACUAUCUGUAAAACAAAGACUGUGACAAUCAGAGUCAUUUUGUUUGCAUACAUAACUUACCAAAUUGUCUAUAAAAAUGCAAUAAAUAGGUUCCCUACAUAGCAAUAAGUUUAUACGAAAACACGUUUACUUAAAAUCCACAUGUACAUAUGUAGCUGUCUAUAAAUUUACAUAUUGCAAGUGCUAUCCAAGAGUAUAUUGUGUAUCGUGCAAUACAUAUUAUGCGUUUGUCAAUGGUGCCAAUGUUGACUCUUUUUUGGUAUGUGAUGAAGUAACAAGGAAAUUAAUAAAAAGUAUAAAAAGGCUUUGACAUCAGCAUAAA